AUGAGUUGUUUUGCCAAAGUUAAAUGCUUUUUAGCAUGUUUUAUUGUUUACUACAUUUCAUACAUGUACAAUUAUAAAUGUCCAACCUUAUCUACUCCAUUACAAGAAGGUAUUGAACAUAUCAUUCAUCCAUUAUCUUCCCAACAUUCCAUCUUAUGUGAAUAUUUACAAACUGGUAUUACUACAAUUGAACCAUAUCAUGCUAAAGUUCACACCUUUUUAGAUGAAAAUGUCCACAACACUCAAUUCUUUAUUGAUAACAAAAUUGAAGAUAAAAUUUCAUGUGCUAAAUCUAAAUUCACUACUUACGUUUAUCCUUAUAUUCAUGAAUUGUAUAAAUGGACUGAUGUUGUUGAAAUUCAAGCUUAUGAUAAAUUAACUAAUGUUUAUGAAGAAGUUCAAAAAACUUUAAAGAAAGAUUAA